UUAUUUAAUUUGAAUGGUAUAGGAUUAAUAUUUCCUGGUUGGGAAAUUAGAGUAUUAAUUCUUUGAAAUUUUUCAUUCAUUCAUUCAUUUUUAGUAUCAUUUAAAAUUUCAUGAAUAGUGCUCGAUACGCAAAGGAAGCCAUUCAAGAUAGAGUGAGCUUAUAUAAGGCUACUUCAAGUGUUUCAUUAUCAGGAGUUAAACCUUUAAGAAGAAAAUAUUCUACUAAUACUCCUAUACAAGAAUGUUCUUUAACAAAUAGUUCAUCUAAUAUUUUAGAUUGUUGUCCAUUAGGAACUGAUAAUGAAGGUAAUUUUAUUGAAAGUACUUCGGGUCGGAAAAUUAUUUUAAAGGGUAUAAAUAUUGAUGGAGCUAUGAAAUUACCAACUUGUCCUAAUUUACCAUCUUAUAAAGGUAAUAGUAAUGAUUCAAAUGAUAUAUUUUAUGAUGGAGAUAAUGUAACUUUUGUAGGAAGACCAUUUCCUAUUGAAGAAGCUUAUCAACAUAUUCUUCGAAUAAAAUCCUGGGGUUAUAAUACCAUUAGAUAUUUAUUAACAUGGGAAGCAAUAGAGCAUAAGGGUCCAGGAAUAUAUGAUGAUGAAUUUAUUGAUUAUACAAUAAAGAUUUUAAAGAUAAUUCAUGAAGUAGGUGGAGUUUAUGUAUUUCUUGAAUUUCAUCAAGAUGUAUGGUCAAGAUUUUCAGGAGGUAGUGGAGCUCCAUUAUGGACUUUAUAUGCAGCAGGUUUACAACCAAACCGAUUUCCUAUAACUGAAGCAGCAGUAUUACAUAAUGAAGAAAGAUUUCAGAGAGAUGAAGAACCAGAAGAAUAUCUAAAGAUGCUUUGGCCAUCAAAUUAUAAACGUUUAGCAGCAAUUACAAUGUUCACAUUAUUCUUUGCUGGUAAGAAUUACUUUCCUCAUUUAAAAAUUAAUGGAAUCAAUAUUCAAGAUUAUUUACAAGAUCAUUUCUUUAAUAGUACAAAAUAUAUUUGGAGUGCCAUUAAUAAACGAUUACCAGAAAUGAUUAAUGAUGGAACUAUUAUUGGAUUUGAACUGAUGAAUGAACCAAAUUGUGGAUUAAUGGGGUUUCCUCAUUUAGGUGAAUUACCGGCUAAUCAACAAUUAAGAAUAGGUACUGCUCCAACAGUUUAUCAAUGCUUUAAAUUAGGUAUGGGAUUACCUUGUAAGAUUGAUGAAUAUAGAAUAUCUAUAACGGGUCCUCAAGUUUAUGGAUCUAAAAUUAUCGAUCCAAAGGGAGCUAGAGCAUGGCUUUCACCUUCUGAAGCAAAUGAAAUAGAUGCAAAAUAUGGUUGGAAGAGAGAAUUUCCAAAUUUGGGUGAAUGUAUAUUUGCUCAUAAUGGGAUAUGGAGAUGGGAAGAAGAUGUUGAUAUGAAUUCUUUAGCUGAUUUAACCGAAUCAGAAAGAAUACUUAUUAGUAUUAAACAAUGUCAUUUAGAAAAGCCCAAUUAUUUCAAUCAACCAGCUGCAAAGCAUAAUCUUAAUGGAUAUCCUAAAACUGUUGAUCUUCUGUAUUUUAAUCAUAAUAAUUUUAUUGAUUUUUAUUUAAGAUUUAAAUCAGUUAUUAGAAGUAUAUGUUCAAAUGCAUUUGUAUUUAUGCAACCUCCAGUAUUAGAAAUACCUCCUACUAUUAAAGAUGAUAUACGAAAUAUUAUUGAUUCAAGAACAGUUUAUUGUCCUCAUUAUUAUGAUGGUAUGUCUAUAAUGUUUAAAACAUGGAAUACUGCCUUUAAUGUUGAUACAUUAGGAAUUAUGAGAGGUAAAUAUCUUAAUCCUGUACUUGGAAUUGUAUUUGGUGAAAAUGCCAUUAGAAAUUGUAUAAAGAAACAAUUUGAGGAAAUUAAACAAGAAUGUCAUGAUCAUUUAGGUAAAAUCCCUGUACUAAUGUCUGAAACAGGUAUGCCAUUUGAUAUGGAUAAUAAAAAGGCUUAUAGUAAUGGGAAAUAUUAUUCACAAACUGCGGCAUUAGAUGCAUUAAGCUAUGCAUUAGAAAGUCUGAAUAUGUCUCAUACUUAUUGGUGUUAUACUAGUAUAAAUUGUCAUCAAUUAGGUGAUAGAUGGAAUAAUGAAGAUUUCUCCUUUUGGUCUCCCGAUGAUAGAAAUUUACAAUUUGAUGAAGAUAUAGAAAAUUCAAGUCUUUUACUGAUAUCACAAUCUUCAUUAAAUCUUACACGUGCUACUAUAAAGUCCACUAUAAAGAUGAUUAAAGCUAGGAAAAGAGGUUCAGCUUCAAGAUUAGAAUGUCUCAGAAUGGAUAAUUCUCAAUCUACUUCAUCACUGAAUAGUCAAGAUUCAAAUGGAAAUGGUAAAUCUGAAGAUGAUGAAUUAUCAGAUACAAGAUCAAUUCUGGUAUCUUCAAUAAUUUCAAGUACUAGUGAAAAUGUUCAUGCAAAACAUAAUCGAAAAUGUUAUCCAUCACCAGAUGGUGUAAGAGCUGUAAGUGCAGUUAUUAGACCAUAUAUUGUUGCUACUAUGGGAGAAGUUUUAGUAUCUGAAUUUACUAUUAAAAGUGUUAAAUAUGCUAUAUCAAUUAAUAUCAAUAAAGCAGAAUCAAUUAAUAAUCCUACCAUUAUUUUUGUCCCUAAAUGGCAUUUUCCAUUUUUAAAUUAUGGUGAUAUUUUCUUAACUUCAGGUUAUGUCAAAUAUAAUGAAGACCUUGAAUAUUUAGAAUGGUUUCAUGAAAAUGACCCUUUUGUUGAAAUUGAUGAAAAUGAAGAAACUACGACAUUUUUGCAACCAGGUAUUUCAAGAGAGACAUUAAUUAUUAAAAAUAAUAGUGGUACAUUAGAUGUAUCUAAAUUAAAUGAAGAAGAUAAUUUCUUCACUAAGAAUCAAAUAGAAUGUCCUGUGACAUAAUAUAGACUGUAUAAUAGUUUUGGAAAAAUUUUUAUAAUUUAUUUAUUAAUGUACAUAUAUAUAGAUAAC